CGUAAUUUUAAAGGUGAUAAAGAUCCGUGUUGGACCGGACACCACGGUCUUUAAAACGAAGGGGAAACCCACGAAAGGGCAUGCAACAUUCGCGGAAACCCUCGAGGCGGGAUCAUCUAUUUCGUUCCUCGCUUCGUCGUUGCGGCGGCCGGUUUUUCUCUCCUUCUCUGGGUGGAGUGUCAUCGAGUCAGUGUUUAUUUCGGAAAGUUGGGAGUCUUUGAGAUUGGGGCGUGGAAGGUGGGCGCCUGAUGUCUCAUCCGCGGUCCUGGAUCUGGGAUUGUUGACGUUGUGAAGUCAUAUCCUGCAGAUGGUGUUGGUGGUGAUUUUCACUGACCAAUCGAAGACCGAUAUUUGCGGAGUGUUUGUAGACACAUGGUGAUAGUUUUGCCGAUUGGUUUGACUGAUUUAUCCUUGAAAUCUGGCUGCUUGACAAAAUCAAGAGAUCAGCUUGUGGCGUUUUGUCGACUAGAAGGAAGAAAAAGGAGGGGCCUUUGUGGUGGCUGCGGCUGCUCUUUAUCUGAAUGGAAAAUUCUUUUUUUCUAAGUGGCCAACAGAAGGAAGCUUUGUUUUUUGAUCCGUGAUAAUUGUGUUGUUGAUCGAUUACGAAGCUGGAAAUAUGACUAAAGAUUGUGGUUUUGGGUUAAGAAAAGGCAUCACUCGUUAAUCCUCUCUGGUAGUACUGCAUCUGUCUAAGGUGGAGGAGUUGUUGGGCGAAAAGCUUCACGGAGCUCUGCUAUAUGGUCUGAACGUUUAAGUAACGAAAUAGAUUUGGGGAAAUUUUUAAUUACGAUAAAUAAUUUGGUUUUAUAACCUUAAAGGCGCCCUGGUACAUCUCAGUUUUUUUGUGCUUCUGAUACUACUUUGUUAAUGACUUGUGUUGUCAUUUAGUGUGUCUCCAUGUUCUCGGCUUUGUUGGAGUUAUAUAACGGCGUUCUCUCUGAGAUCUUUGGUGGCAAAGGCACAAUUAUUUUAGUAAAUGCAACAGAAAAUCUUGGACACCUUAAUUACAUUAUUGGUCAAUACAGGACCUUGAUCUUUUGUUUUCUACUGGUUGUUUAUCAUUUCUGAGAUUGCAGGUAUUUAGAAGUUUCAGUUAAGAACUAUGCAGGAAAUUUGAGAAUUUAUAGUUGGAUUUAUGUUUUAUAGCCCAUGGUUACUAAAUUGUUCAUCAGAUUAAGCAAAUGUCAGCUUUUGCGUGCUAUUUUGACAACACAACAACAACUCAUGCCCUUGUUAGAUGUGAGUGUAGACAGACAACACGGGGAACCAUUGAUUGGUCCAGUUCAUAUUCUAGAGAAUUGGAAACAUUUCCUUCUUUACUUUUGGAAGGUUUGCAUGAGAAAACAUACGGUAUACUGUCCCUUUGUUAGAUGCGAGUGCAGACAGACAACACAGGGAACCAUUGAUUGGUUCAGUUCAUAUUCUAGAGAAUUGGAAACAUUUCCUUGUUUACUUUUGGAAGGUUUGCAUGAAAAAACAUACAUUAUACUGUCAGCUUUGUGUGGAUGAUGAAGUAACUGGUACAUUUACAGGUUACUCGGUGUGAAAGCAUGUAAAAUUUUGUGUUGUAAAUGCAUAUUUCAUCUUGUGCAGUUAAAUGGUUUAAGAGAAUAAAAACAGGGCUGCUGAAUGGCAAGGAUUAUGGAGAUAAGAAAACAUCACAUGCCAUCUUCAGUUGAGUGGCCUUGAUACUAGCGGGCAUCUUUUCUCAGAAAUGUAAUUGGGGAAUUCAAGUCAUGAUAACUCUUUGAUAAAUCUAUGUUGAUACUCGAACUCAUUUAAACUUUCAAGUCAAAUAAAUCUCCGUAACACAUAUGAACUGUCAAAUUGAAUUUGGCCUUAUCUUCUAGCUGAUUAUUGGUGGUUAACGCAAAAGAAAAAUAAGGUUAAUUAUAUCCUUUGGCUAUCUCAUAUUUACUUGUUCUGUUGAUUGCAUGGUCCUUGAAUCAAGAGAAUUGAUCUAGACUUCCCAGGUCAGGGCUAUGGAAGUUUUUUGCCAGAUUUCACCUUUCUUAGAAAUUUUAAUACUUAAAUUAGGUUGUUGCUGCUUCAUAAUUUUUUUAAUUGUUUUAUUCUUUCCUUACAACCAUUUUGCUAUUAUGUCAGGCAGUGAAUCUCAGGUGCUUCAUUUCCUUUUUCCACUGCAUCAAAGAGAACUGUAGGAUAUUCUGUCCAGGAAAAAUUUGAAGAUAUGCCAGAAUCAGACAAUAAUAAGUUUGGACAUGAUCUUACAUCUCGCAAUUCUAGCAACUCUAUGUCAGGUGUGCCUAUCAAGAAAAGGCUAUUUCGUUUGACUCAACAUUCAUCUCCUAUUCCUCAAGAACCAGAUGUACCUGGACAAGAUUGUGGGCCCAUGUGCCUUGAACCAGAAUCUACUACUACAGAUAAUUUAACUCAUCCAACUUUUACCAUACUGCCUGAGCCACCUGCAUAUAAGGAGGAUAUUGAAAUGAAAUCUUCAAGUGUUAAAUAUGCAUACCUACCAAAUUCUCUAUGGCAAUUGACAUCAUCUUUAGAUGCAAAAAAUAAUACACACAACUUGGUUAAUCAAGUGAGAGCCGAAACAUGUUCGUCAGAUCUUCCCCUGGCUCCUCUGAAAACAUUUAGUGAAACAAAUGCAAAGGUUUGUGCUGCUAACAGUGUGACCAGGUUAAAUUUGGAUUUGAAUAUUCCGGUCAAUGUGUGGGAUGCUGCUGUGAAUGGAUCUGUUAUUGAAUGUAAUAUGCACAAAGUGUUGAAUGACAGUGAUAAGUGUCAAGAAAAGCUUGAGGCAUGCACUAAACAGACAAUUCCUCUGAGAAUUAAUGGGUCUGAUGUAACGCCGGCAAAGUCUGUUUCUGGGAGAGGUCAUUACGAUCAGAGGUUAUCCAAUUUAGGGAUGCCUGCUGAAAAGCAUAAGAGUGCAGAUCUUGGAUUAGAUUUGCAGCUUAAACCCCCGGGCAGACCAGAAUUAUGCAUUAAUUGGAGUGCUGUUGCUCCUGAUCUAAGCUUGUCUUUGAGAGGAAAUGUAUCAAAUUCAUCUAAGAAUAUAAAGCCAGAACCAUAUACAGGCAAAUAUUGUCAUCUGGGUAAACCAAAUAUUGUAGGUUUAGGACAUGUAAAACCUGAACCAAGUAACCAAAAUUAUCAGGAUGAAACUGCCAAAAAGACUUUUGCCAGUGACCAGAAACAAGAAGCCAGGAGUUUAGUAAAAAUGGAGCCACCUAAAGAUCAAUCUAGAGAGUUCUACAAUAGACCUGCUGUUGGAAUGCUCAACACAGAGUCGGACAACAAUAAACCAACACAGCAUAUGGAAGUCUCAGGUACAGUUGAAGCCAUAGAUUUAAAUUCUGUCAUUGUUCCUGUUGAAAAGGUUUGUGAAGUUGAUGGCUCGGUGAUGAUUGUUAAUACAAACAUAAACACAGAUCAAAGAACUUGUGUGGCCUCAGCUUCUGUUGUAAAUUCAUCUUAUGUUGAAUCUUGUAAAGUUGAGGAGACACUUAAUAGCACUUGUAAUCUUGAACACGAGGAAGGAAGUGCUACAAAGGGAGCAGAUCUAAAUGCAGAUUCUGUCGUUUUGGGUGUUAAGGAGAACCUGGUGGGCUAUGUAAAUUCUGAAGAUUUUUGCAUGCCUUCUGAUCCAUAUCAUGAAUCUGCCGGACCUGUGGCAUUGGAUGGUAUGUCUGAAGGUAGUGCAGAAUUGGAUUGCUCAGAUGGUGAGUAUUACAUAUCAUCAAAAUCGGUUGCAGAAGGUAAACUUCAUUUGGAUUCCGCAGGAGAGACUUUAGUAGGUGAGAAAAAGCAGGAAAGCAUGGGUGUAUCUUCUGAGAUUCAAGAAAAUUCUGCCGACAGUCAAUCCCCAUAUGAUAGUCCUCAUUUUCAUAGAGAUGAAGUUCUUACACAUGGAGCUGACACUGGUGAUUUUAAAAACAGGAAUAUUCUCCUUCAUGGGGCAAUUGAGUCUUCCUGCGAUGAAGGAGAGAAAGCAGAUAAAGACAGGGAUCUUGUCCCUUAUGGCGCGAUCGAGUCUUCCAGUGUGGAACGAGAGAAAGCAGAUAGUAAGAUUGCUGCCAGCUCAACUGCCCCAGAGGAUGUUACUUUCAAGAUGCCAUCGACUUUGGUGGUCAGUAAUGAAACACAGUUACAAGUUUCGGAUGCAAGGACUAGUCGUAGUGAUGAAACUUCUGAUGGCAAUUUGUGCAAUGAUAAAAAUGAUACAGGCUCUAGUUUAACAACUGAUUUGCUCGAGUCAUCAGGUGGGAGGGUGCCAACAGUUUCAAGUGGGACAAGACCUACAAAACCAUCGGAAAAAGCAAAUAGGAAGGUAAAAGGCUCACUCAUAAAGUCAAGGUCUGCUGGAUCAUCCAGCUCAGAAGUUGUGAAAACUAGCAAGGACGAUAUAAGUAGCCAACAGGUUAAAGCUAAAGAGGCUGAUGUACCUGUUAGUAAUCCGUUGUCAUCAGAGCUGGAGUUAGAUACCAAUGGUCUUGCUGAUCAGCAUGUUGAUAAUAUGGGUAAAUCUAAUCAGAUUAGGAAGGUAAGUUCAUUAGUUACCAACAAGUCAUCCUUUGAAAAGAUGAAAUUGAGUUCCUCUAGGCUAGUUAUUUCACAAACUGACAGGGUACGGUUGAUCGAUAAAUCACACAGAUGGGAGAGGUCACACUCCCAAGGUUGCAGGGGUGAGAGGUGCAAUCAUAGGUUUCUGAAAUACAGAAGCAAUGAUCAAGAUCAACCGACUCGAAAACGUAGUUAUGGUUUGGUGAACACCAGAAGGGAUGGCAACCAAAUGAGUGUUUAUGGUCGAGAUUCUGGCCCUCGAUAUGCACCAAAAGUUAACGAUUCAAAAGGUUACAGAUUUUUUAGGCCUUGUAGCAACCAAGAGGGUCCCUUGAGAAUUGUGGCGGAUGCUUCUGUUGGAAGUACUGGUAAGAGCUUCAGAAGAUUCAUGGAUGAUGAGCAACCACAUAGGACUCGUUUUCCAUAUAGGAGGCAUUCUCCUGGGGCCUGUGAUAGAGGUGUUCAAAUUUCUGGCCGCCCCUCAAGGGAAGUCAGUCCCAGCAGGUCCGCUGGGAGACAUGUUCCAGACAUUCCCAUCAGUUGCUUGCCAAAUGAAAUGAUAGACCCCUUUUUAUAUGCAGACCCAUGUGUGAAAUAUGAGCAAGCUGAGAAUCAUUCCAUGUGGAGAGAAAGAAGCCUUUCACCUACUCAGAGGAGGGGUACUCCCAUACAUUUUCCCCGAAUGCGCUCUCCUUAUCAGUUUUCUCCACCUCGAAGAUCACCUGACAUGGGUUACGGGGGACAUCCGGAAUUGAUGCAACACAGGUCGCCACCAGUUGUCAAAAUUGACCAGAUGCGAUCACCUCCACGACGCCUUUGUUUACCAGAAUAUGCGAUGGUCAGAAAUGAUUUGCCUCACUCUUGCCUGCCUAAUGACAUGAGAGAAAUGCAAGAACUGGAUUUGCCAAGGCCUGGUAGGGGCUCUCAAAGGAACAUCAGGAGGUUUGAUUUGAGUGAUCAACAAGAAGUUACAGAGGAUUACUUUGGAUCUUUGCACUUUGCCCAGCCUCUUCCACUUGCACAUGCAGAAGAUGAGCUUCUGGCUAGAAGGAAGUUUGAUGACAAUUGUUCUUAUCAACGGUCUUAUGAAGAUCACCACCCCGUAGGUGGUGAUAGCGAGGAGCCUUUUCUCUAUCCUGGUGACUGUAGUCCUGCUAGAUGUAGUCCUGGUAGAGCUGUGAGGUUUUACCCCAAAAGAGAAGGCUUCUCCAAUAGAGUCAGCCUAAGGAGCCCUGUGAUGCGAAUGAAAAAUCAACUGGGAAGCACCACAAACAGAUCAAGAAGUAUGGCUGAACAAGAAGAUUAUAGAAACCGAAGCCGACCAGCAUGGCGUGACGAUAGUUUUAACGACAUUCGGCUAAAGAGGAGAAGAGUCUAACAGUGAGAUGUGUCAUUUUCGGUGACUAGGCUGCCUGCUGGUCAUUUAAUAACAAAUCCUGCUGUACAGUUCUGGAACCACACUGACUUGUAUAGUUCUUGCUGACAAGAUUAACUUGGACUUGAAGAAGCACAAAAGGCGGGCCUUGACAAAUCUUCCUUGUAUAGUUCUACCACAUGGACUAAAAGGUUAUGUCAGACGUUGAGAUUGAGAGCUAGCGGUCUGUGGCAGCCAUCUGUUCUGGCUCAAGCAACACUACCACUCUUCUUGCUAUAUUCGAUAGGUUGCCAUUUUUAUCUAAUUUAUCACAGAGCUGAUUCACACAUACAUCCCGACAUCUGCUAUGGUGAUUGAGCAAUGCCCUGCUUUGUCGAUGACGUCUUGAAUCUGGAGGAUGAGAACAAUGCAGGUAUCUUGUAUACUGCACAUUGCAUAAAUGAACCUGACCAUGGCAGUUUCCUUCCACAUCUGCUGCUGUUUUUUGAUUGCUUGCUCAUCACCUUGGCCGGUGGGUUUACGACUGGAAGAAAAGGAAAUCGAAUUCCUUGGUAGUUGAAUGGAUUGUUGGUUGGCAUUGUCUGCCUGGAAUUAUAAGCAAUUUCUUCAUGCAGUGAUGGGUCGGAGGAUAUAAAAUGGAAAGUAGUAAUCAUCCAAACAAGUUGAGCUUGGUUGGUCUCCUAAUAAACUUGAAUUGAGCAAAUGAAUAGACUGACAUGCCUUUAAAUUACGAAUUACGUUGUUAGACUGGCAGUAACAGCCCUUCAAGGCGCGCCGAACACAUUGCACUCUCCUGCAACUUUCUUUGCUGUGUAUUAUGCUUGAUGAGAAAGGACAGCAGCAGAAAUGAUAGUAACGAUGUGGUGGCGUAUACUCUAAUCGUGGAAGCUCUUCUACGGCAGAACGACGAAGCAGCAGUGUCACCACUGGUCGAGCAUGAUGACUUGCGAACAGUUAUUUAUCGAUCAUUUUCCCUCAUUAAAUAUACAUGAAAAAGGAGAAAUAAAGGAAGCUUCAUCCAACUUAUCGAGAAAGAAAUAACACAAAGAAAGACGAUUCGUUGCUGACAGUGGCUGGCAAAUUCUCCCCCUUCUUACUCCUUCCGUACCGUGUGGAAGUGCUCUGGCGAGAGGUGGAGCAGCUCAUGCACUAAUAACAAUAAGUGGCUUGCAGCCGUUUGCAUCUCCCAAAUCCAAUGUCUCAGUUUUCUCCGACAGAUGACUGUAGCAAAGCCAACAGAGUGAGGUGUCGAUGAGCCAGCAAUUGGAAGUCCGUGGCAUGCUUGCCAUGGUGCUUACUCUAGUGAUGAGUACACGAAUUCGUGGCAUGUGAAUCUUUCCACCCUUAAUUCCCCCAGAGGAAUACACAGACUGUGUCACAGUCACACGUAAGAAACACACUGAGAAAGGCAAACGUUCACGUGAUGAAUGAUGCUUCCUCCUUAUCUACCUCUCGUUGGUUCUUGUUUGGUUCUCCAUCGUAAGGAGCCUUCCACUCCAGAGGAGGAGAGGAGGGAGCCAUGAGCUUCGGGAGCAAGUCUUCUGUGAGCUGCGCUGACGCUCGUUGGCCGGUUAGACCAAGCUACAAGUGGCCGGAGUCCGACGCCGAGUUCGUGAAGUCGAUGGCAGGAAGAAGGGGUGAAAGAGGCAGCCAUCGCGAUGGGAGGAAGAAGUGGAGUCCGAGUCCGAUGGUGGUGGAUAGCUAUUCCUGCCGGCAGAUGUACCUGAGGAGCUACACCUUCUCCAAGGAGGAGACUGUCACGGAGAAGGCACGGCAGUGCCUCGGGAAAGUCAAGGGGCGAGCUGCUCUUCUGUUCCCUUUUCUCCAGCAGAAUUCUGAGAGCGGCAAUGAAAUGCACGGACGUAACAGCAGGAGGAAGAAGAAGAAGAAGAAGAAGAAGGGUUGCGGAACAAACAGGAAGCUGAGAGAGAUCUCCUACUCGGCACUGUUCUCCAUUUUCUACCGACUCCUCUUGUGCACCGCUGGUGUCGAAGUUGCUGACCGAAAAUAAACCGACGUGUUAAUUUUGCUGGAUCUCUCUCCAUACAAGUACAAAUUUGUUCUAUGUAUUCUCAGAAGCUGGUGUUUUGUAUCUGUGUAUCGUACUAAAAUAUCAGAAUUAAGAGUCGCAAUAUUACUUUUA